AUGGCCUUUCUCACCAUUAUUAGAAUUCUUCUUUGUGGACUGAUGGUUUUUAUGGAACACAGGGUUCAAAUGGCAAAGGCAGGGAAGCCCUCCACAGCUUUCCUUGCUGAGGAACCUACAUUGCCCCUGAUUCAGGAGCUGGUAGAAGAAGCCCCUGGCAGGGAGGUGAAGCCAUGGCCCCAAGGGUAACCGCAUUACAUGCUAAAAUUGUACCAGCUUUCAGCUGAUCUUCAUGGGCACCCCAGGAAGAAUGGCAUGAUCAGGGCUAAUAUGAUGAGGCUGGUAAAACCCUUGGCCAAUUCAGUAAGGCCUAUCAGAGGUCCCUGGCAUAUGCAGACCCUGGCCUUUCCUCUAGCAUCAAUCCAGGGAUCACACCAACUAAUCUGAACCACUGUAGUUUACUACUAUUAGCUUUAUCUACUUCAUUGGCAUUUCUCCUGUCAUGUGGAGCUCUGGAUCCCAAAAUUCCCAACCAACCACUUUUAUUCUUCAGAAACAGGUUGCUCAAAGCCCUUUCCCAUGUCUAAAGCAUGGACAUCACACACUAUUCAGCAGAGACUCUGGAAUCACAAGGGACACAAAGGAUGCAGAGUCCUAUGCCUCCGUUUCAUGUCUCAUCAGCAAAAAGAAAAUGCAUUUCUUGAGCUUCAGUGGUGCAGCAUUCCAUCUUUGGACAUCACCUUCUUGGUGCUUUAUUUCAAUGACAUUCACAAGAGUAUUCAGAAGGCAAAACUAAGAGGCCAAGAGGAGUUAAUUGAAAGGGAGUCUUCUCUUGCAAAGUGCCUAAUAAGCAUGCAGUCUUGCAUCUGAUGUUCCCUGUUCUUCUCAGAGACUUCAUAUAACCAGUGCUCCCUCUACUCUUAUAAAAUCAGCUUCUGUCAACUAGGCUGGGAUCACUGGAUCAUUGCUCUCCAGCUCUGUACCCAAGUCUGCACUUGGGUGCUACCCUGUAGUCUCAAUUCCCCCAACAACGCCAUCAAUCAGAGCCUUGUUAAUGAAUUAGUGAACCACACUGCACCUCAGCCUUCCUGUGUCCCUUACAAGUUUCUUCCUAUGAGUAUCCUUAUGAUUGAGGCAAAUGACUAUGAGGGUAAGAUUGCCCAGUCUUGCACAUGUAGAUGA